GAGUAUUUGGUUUACAACGGUUCCGACUUCCGGCACGCGUAACGCGCUACGUGCGUGUUCCGGAUAUUCCGUUUCGCGAACGGGUUCAGGUUUUCUUCUUUUUGCGCAUUUAUUCGUUAAAUUUCCGGCAUCAAGAAUUCGAAGCUCCGCGUGUCCGUGAUUCCAAUCGAACCCGCUCUAGUGUUUCUGUUCGUGGCCCCUCGGAGGAGGAGCAAAGAUAGUGGUUUUCCCCGCGGAGAGUGUGUCCACGGUGCGAAGCGAAUAUCCGGCCCCGUUGGCGGAAGAAGCACGGUGAAAGUCUCGACGAUCGGUCACAAUUCGAGAGAAGAAGUGCCCGAAGAGAAUAUCGUUGUUCCAGAAAAACGGGCUACUUCGGUGUUCGGCCGAAGCGUGAUAGUUUUUAUUUUCGACAGCCCAUCACAAAGCAGGCAGUUUCGCAUUCGCGUAGUGUGUGAAAGAAAGAGCCACCCGGAUUAGGAGCGAAACGACACAGCGCUGCUUCUUUCUCUUCCGUGAGGUCGUGCAGAAAGAAAGCAAAAGUAGCCACAGCAUCUCAGCAGCAGGUUAUUCGUUCAGCUGUCAAAAUGAAUAAAUCCUGCGCCCGCUGCCAGAAGGUGGUCUACCCGAUCGAGGAACUGAAAUGUUUGGACAAGACCUGGCACAAGACGUGCUUCAAGUGUCACGAGUGCGGCAUGACGCUCAACAUGAAGACGUACAAAGGAUUCAACAAACUGCCGUACUGUGAAGCACAUAUUCCAAAAGCCAAAGCUACGACGAUCGCGGAGACGCCGGAGUUUAAGCGGAUCGCGGAAAAUACCAAAAUUCAAUCGAACGUCAAAUAUCACGCCGACUUCGAGAAGUCGAAAGGCAAAUUAACGCAGGUCGCCGAUGAUCCGGAAACGCUGCGAAUCAAGCAGAACACGAAAAAUAUCUCCAACGUCGCGUACCACGGCGACCUGCAGAAGAAGGCGGCCAUGGAGCGCCAGCGCGAGUGUACGGAAAUCAUCGACAGCAAAGAUAACAACGAUCUGGAGUCGGAGUACUUUUCCGAGCAGCUGGCCGCCGAAUCGUUACCCCACUAUCAGCCACCGCCGCCGCCACCGGUUGUGGCACCGGCCUCGGUCGGAACUCCGCAGCAUCAGCAGCAGCAGGGCAACAACAAUGGCGGCCUGGCGAUCGGUCCAACCAAUGCCACCUCCCAGCAGGCCCAGAUCAUUUCCACGGCAAACAUUACCAAACACAACCAGGCCAACAACUACCAAGCAUCACUUCAGCACCACCAGCAGCAACAGCAACAGCAACAGCAGUACCAGCAGCACAGUGCCGUCAACAACAACAAGGCGUCCGCCGGUGCCUAUCAUCAACAGCAGCAGCAGCAGCAGGGUUAUCCGGCGGCUGCAGCCGCCGGUGCUGCGACCUACCAUCACGCCAGCAACAAUGGCAGCGCGGAGCUGGUGCGCCACUCGGUGCUACAGAACUCCCAAACCCCGUCGGGCGGUGCGGCCGCCGCCGCCGCCGCCCAGCAGAAGUAUUACGAUCCGUACGAGAACUAUGCCCGCCCGAACCCGGCCGCCAAUCAGGUGAACAACAAUGGCAACAACAAUCACCACUACCAUCACAGUCAGCAGCAGCAGCAACAGCACCUGCACCACCAUCACCAGCAGCACGUGGGUGGCGGAGGUGGCGGUGGUGGCGGAAUGAACGAUCGUAGCAAUGGCUCGACGGCGGCGGCAUAUCAUCAUCAACACGCGCAGCAACAUCAGCAAGCAAGCAACAAUCAGCAGCAUCAUCCCCACCACGCUGCUGCAGGAUCGGCUGCCGGUGGGCUGAUGGACCCGUACGGUGGCCAGCAGCAGCAACAGCGGUACAGUGGUGCUACCGCAACGACGGCGGCCGCCGCGCUCCACGCUCAGCAGCAGCUGCAGGCGCAACACUUGUACCAAUACAACAACGGCAACAUCGGCAACGGUGCGGCCACGGGUUCCGCCGCUGCGGCGGCGGCGGCUGCCGGUGGCCAGGCUGCCAACAUUGGGAAGAUCGCCGACUACGACCCGCUGACCGAUGGGCCACGGAAUAUGCCGCAGCCGAACCGCCAGAGUGCCACGCUGAUCUACAGCUCCGGUAGCAUGGCAUCGAACAACAAUCGACGAAUCGGUUCCGUGAACGAUAUCGAUCCGGUGAACGGUUACUAUGGCUCGGUCGCGGAAAACUCUCAGGCCGCUCUGUACCAACAGCAACAGCAGCAGCUCUAUCAACAGCAGCAGCAACACAGGCAAUCGCAACAGCAACAACAGCAGCAGCAACAGCAGCAGCAACCGCAGUACAUUCAACCACCGCAGCAGUACGCGGCACCUGCUUCGAAUGCGACCGGCAAAUCGAUGAGCAAAGUGCGCGUCUACCGGGCCCUGUACGACUACGAGGCGCAGGAUAGCGACGAGGUCGGUUUCAGCGAGGGCGAUCUGAUCAUCGAAGUCAACUCGAUCGAUGCCGGCUGGAUGACUGGGCGGGUCGAGCGCACCGGCAUGACCGGCAUGCUGCCGGCGAACUACGUCGAGCUGAUGAAGAUAUAAAGCGGCCUGCGCAUCAACCCGGGACAUCAUCCCGAAAAGGGGGCAACGAUGCAGCGAAGAGAAUAAAACAAUCACACAACACAACGCGCCGAGUGCAUUGUUGAUCGAUUUACGCUGCUUACGAUCCUCACUGAGCGUUGGCUAGGGUAGUGCUAGUUUCGGUGCAUAUUCGACGUUCGAACGCGGAGCAGGAGCGGAUCGGAACGGAGCAAAAUUCCGGAAGUGUUUAUAGCGGUUAGAGAAGGACCCCGGGCAGCUAGUGGGUAGCGAGCAUUAAUCCACGCGAGAGGAAUAGAACACGAUGAUGGAUGGGUCGUUGGAUUUAAUUUAAUUUCUUUUUUGUUAUCUUUUUUUAAUUAUUAUUAGUAUAUAUCUAUAUAUACAUAUUAUUUUAUUAUCAUCACUCCAGGCCGUCUCAAUAACGACGGCGGUGUCUGGGCAGUCCGCCCCCCGCGGGGUGAUGUUGGUGCGAAACACGAAGAACAGAACUAAACUAAGGGGAAGUAAAUAGGGACAGAAAGUAAAGGAGACACGCUACUAGCAUAUAGCGCAGCAGCAGACCGCGAACUACCGGCUGCCGGCUGUCGGAGUGAGGAUAACGAUCGAACACAGUGUGCUAAUCUUGAACAAUAGAAUCACUGACCGUGUGCAACACGUAUUCUAGUUACUGGCGAACGCAUGGAUGAUGGAACAGAGCGGUUUUGUAAUAUUUGUACUGUAGAGUAUCGCAUUUUUAUACUGUAGCCUCCAUUCAGGGUGGCUUCUAACGACUGGAUGGGUGCUUUGGCCGCCCGAAACACGAUUCGUGCCUGAUAAGUAAAUCAAUAUCGCUGUCGCCACUCCCUGCCACCACUCUUCCGUUUCCGUAGCCACCGAAAGGCCACACCACAAGCAGCCAGACGGGCAGACAGGCAGAGGCAGGAAUGAACGGCGAACUGGCGGCGAAACAAACGCGAAACUACUGUAUACAAAAUCGUAAUCCUUAAGUACGAAUAAUCACGAAAUAUGUUAGAACAAAACAUUAUUGAAUAAUAUACCACUAUCAAAAUAUUCCCUAUCACCCGAAGCGAAGUGCGACGCGGAGAUCGAGAGAUCGAGAGUCGAGUGCAAAGAAAUAGGAACAAAUUGUGUGAGCCAAGUGCGUCCGUCCGCGAUGGCGACGCGCUGACUGGCUGGCUGGUUCCUUCCCGCGUUGGGAAGGAAGCGUUCGGAGAGGAAAACUAAUAUCAACACCACCACUGCGCCUUAGGAUAUAGUGUCCCUGAACCGCCCUCUGCGCCGUUACGUGCUUUAUCCGUGGCCGUUUACCCUUUCCGGUAAAUGGCCAUCUUUCCAGCCUCCAGAGUUGGAGUCGGAGCCUUCAUUGAGGUAGCCCUUUGACGGUUUGAAACCCACAAGAUUGAUCACAUUCGAGGCAGAUCGCGUCAACUGUCGUAACACAGGGUUCGCAAAACACCCGGCGGAUCCACGGCGGCUCGUUGUUCCGUUAAACAAAAAAAAGGGUGCGUUAUUGUUUUGUAAUGUAAAACCAUAGUGAGGUAAUAGUUUUAUGAAACUACUUCGUAAUAAAAAGUCAGUAUCCUGGGAAGACGCAUGAUGCAGCUAACAAAAAA